GCCGCCGCCGUCUCCGCGUCCCCAGAAUGGAGAGAGGACGCAGCUGAGGAGGAGCGUCCAUGCUUUCCUGUACACUCCGGGAUUUUCUCCUGCUUUGGUCUCGGGGACUUGAGGCGCGACUGAGCGACUUGACUCUUUCCAACCGCGGGAAAGCAGCGCCGCCUCCGCCUCCGCCGCCACGGCUCGGCGGGCUGAAGGGAAUUACACGAAGGGAUUCUGUGCUGCGGCCGCGUCCGCUGAGAGCCCCGGGGACACCGACCAUGGGGAGCCGGGGUCACUACCGGUACCACUGGCAGAGCCACAAUGUCAAACACAGUGGGGUGGACGACAUGGUGCUGCUCUCCAAGAUCAACGAGGACGCCAUCGUGGACAACCUGAAGAAGAGAUACAUGGAUGACUACAUCUUUACAUACAUCGGUCCUGUGCUCAUCUCUGUUAACCCCUUCAAGCAGAUGCCGUAUUUCGGGGAAAAAGAGAUCGAGAUGUAUCAGGGCGCGGCUCCGUAUGAGAACCCUCCACACAUCUACGCUCUGGCAGAUAACAUGUACAGAAACAUGAUGAUCGACCGUGAAAACCAGUGUGUCAUCAUCAGCGGGGAAAGUGGAGCAGGGAAGACGGUGGCCGCCAAAUACAUCAUGGGCUACAUCUCUCGCGUGUCGGGAGGAGGACCCAAAGUGCAGCAUGUCAAAGACAUCAUCCUGCAGUCCAAUCCUCUGCUCGAGGCCUUCGGCAACGCCAAGACCGUGAGGAACAACAACUCCAGCAGAUUUGGUAAAUACUUUGAGAUCCGGUUCAGCUCUGGUGGUGAGCCAGACGGAGGGAAGAUCUCCAACUUCUUACUGGAGAAGUCCCGUGUGGUCAUGCGUAAUCCCGGAGAGAGAAGUUUCCACAUAUUUUACCAGCUGAUAGAAGGAGCCACUGGAGAGCAGAAGAGCAGUCUGGGGAUCACAAGCCUGGAUUACUACAGUUACCUCAACCAGUCUGGUUCCUACAAGGUGGAUGACAUCAAUGACAAGAGUGACUUCCAGGAAACUAUGCAUGCCAUGGACGUGAUUGGCAUCCCCGGGGAGGACCGCGCCCUCGUCCUGCAGAUUGUGGCCGGCGUCCUGCACCUCGGAAACAUCAACUUCAAGGAGGCGGGGAACUACGCGGCGGUGGAGAGCGAGGAGUUUCUUGCUUUUCCCGCGUUCCUGCUGGGCAUCGACCAGAAGCGUCUGAAGGAGAAGCUGACCAGCCGGAAGAUGGACAGCAAGUGGGGCAGUGCGCUGGAGUCCAUCGAUGUGACGCUGAACGUGGAGCAGGCGUGUUACACGCGGGACGCCCUUGCCAAGGCGCUGCACGCACGCGUGUUUGACUACCUGGUGGAGUCCAUCAACAAAGCCAUGGUGAAGGACCAUCAGGAGUUUAAUAUCGGGGUGUUGGAUAUCUACGGCUUUGAAAUCUUUCAGAAAAAUGGCUUUGAGCAGUUCUGCAUCAACUUUGUCAAUGAGAAGCUGCAGCAGAUUUUUAUUGAGCUGACUCUGAAAGCCGAGCAGGAGGAGUACGUUCAGGAGGGGAUCAAAUGGACUGCUAUUGAGUACUUCAACAACAAGAUCGUCUGCGAUCUCAUCGAGAGCAAAUUGAAUCCUCCUGGCAUCAUGAGCAUCCUGGAUGAUGUGUGUGCCACGAUGCAUGCCGUUGGUGAGGGAGCGGACCAGACGAUGCUGCAGAAGCUCCGUGUCCAGAUCAACUCCCAUGAGCACUUCAACAGCUGGAACCAAGGCUUCAUCAUCCACCACUAUGCCGGCAAGGUGUCUUACGAUGCUGAGGGAUUCUGCGAGAGGAACCGCGACGUCCUCUUCACCGACCUCAUCGAGCUGAUGCAGAGCAGUGAAAUAGGUUUCAUCCGAGCGCUGUUCCCAGAAAACCUCAACGCUGAGAAGAAGGGUCGGCCGACAACGGCGGGCAGCAAAAUAAAGAAACAAGCCAAUGACCUUGUGAGCACGCUGAUGAAGUGUACUCCACAUUACAUCCGCUGCAUCAAACCCAAUGAGACCAAGAAGCCCAAAGACUGGGAGGAGAGCCGUGUGAAGCACCAAGUCGAAUACCUCGGCCUGAAGGAAAACAUCAGGGUGAGGCGUGCCGGCUACGCGUACCGCAGAAUCUUCCGGAAGUUCCUCAACAGGUACGCCAUCCUGACCAAGGAGUCGUGGCCGGCGUGGAGAGGAGAUGAGAAGCAAGGAGUCCUGCAUCUGCUGCGCUCCGUCAACAUGGACCAGGAUCAGUUCCAGCUCGGACGGACCAAGAUCUUCAUUAAAGCCCCCGAGUCGCUAUUUCUCCUUGAGGAGACACGGGAACGCAAGUUUGACGGCUACGCCAGGGCCAUCCAGAAAGCCUGGAGGAAAUAUGUGGCCCGCAAGAAGUACGUCCAGAUGAGAGAAGAGGCAUCCGACCUGCUGCUGAACCGGAAGGAGAGACGGCAGCACAGUCUGAACAGGAACUUCGUCGGGGAUUACCUGGGCAUGGACGACCGGCCGGAACUCCGACAGUUUCUGGGCAAAAGGGAAAAGGUUGAUUUCGCCGACAAGGUCACCAAAUAUGACCGCCGCUUCAAGGGAAUAAAGAGGGACCUAAUCCUCACCCCGAAGUGUGUGUACCUGAUCGGGAGGGAGAAGGUGAAGCAGGGUCCGGAGAAAGGCCAGGUGAUGGAGGUGUUGAAGAGGCGGGUUGAGGUGGAGAAGAUCUUGGCCAUCUCUCUCAGUACGAUGCAGGACGAUUUCCUGAUCCUGCAUGAGCAGGAGUACGACAGCCUGCUGGAGUGCAUCUUUAAGACGGAGUUCAUCAGUUUGCUGGCCCGCCGCUUUGAGGAGAAGACGCAGAGAAAGCUGCCGCUCAAGUUUAGCAGCACACUGGAGAUGAAGCUGAAGAAGGAGAACUGGGGUUUUCUGAGUGCUGGUGGCUCCCGGCAGGUCACCUUCAUUCAGGGUCAGGGAGACGUGGCAGUCCUGAAGCCAUCCAGCAAAAUGCUGCAGGUCAGCAUCGGACCAGGACUCCCCAAGAACACACGUCCCACCAAGAAGAGCUUUGCUCAGGGUCGCUCAAACCGCUCCAGAACCCACCAGAACAUUCCUUCACGAGUCGCACCAGGACCACCAGUUCACCAGAACGGCGGGCUGAAAAACACCAACCACGUCACCAAUCAGAGGAACUCCUUGCAGCAUUCCAGCCAAAGGCCUCCAGCGUCAGGAAACACAACCCGCCCCUUCCUGCCCGCCAACAUCAGUCAGCUGAAGGAGCGAGGUGGCAGCAGACCGCAGCCCAACCUGGACUGUCUGAGGGUCCCUGAACAAGGAGCCGCAGGCGACGGCGACAGACGGACCGCUUGGAAUGGAGGAAUAGCCCACAGGCCGUCAGCCAGCAGACCGACCCCAGGAGGAGGGAGGCCCAAACCUGCACCCAAACCCAAACCUCAGGUGCCGCAGUGCAAAGCUCUGUACGCCUACGAUGCUCAGGACACCGACGAACUAAGCUUCAACGGUGACGACGUCAUCGACAUCAUUAAGGAGGAUGCGUCCGGCUGGUGGACGGGAAGACUUCGGGGAAAGCAGGGUCUGUUCCCCAACAACUACGUCACCAAGAUCUAGAAAAACUUCCCGUCGUGUCCCCCCCCCCCCCCCGGAGCACGUGAGGGAGGAGCAAGCGUCUCUACCGACUCUCGGGAUGGAGGAGGUUUGACACAGCGGCAGAGAAGAGGCGCGUCGUGGGGAGGAACUCGGCGUUUUUCUCCACCACCCAUCGACGACAGCGGCAGGAAGGAGCGCGAGACUCCGCACGACCAGAAGACCUUCACGCUGCGAAACCGAGAAGACUGUCCCGACACCGCAGCUCCUUUUGAGUACUGAACAAAAACUUAUUUAUUGUAUUUAUAGCUUUCUACUUCUUCCUUUUACUGUCGGUUUCACCUUGCCAAGGUUCGGGGCGAAACUAUUUUGAAGCGUUGAAAUGAAGUAUCCAUAAUCUUUGGGACCAGGCUGUGAUUUUUACAAUCAUCGUGUCUUGUUUUUCGACGAAAACUUGACCACACGAAUCAGAGGUGGCCGCCGAGGAGUCGCCGUCUCCUUCAACGAAAUCCGUCAAAUUGUUCGUCAUGUUGUUCAGCGUAUCAGUGGCGUCGUGUGCUGCUACGCGUCAGGGUAGUAUCGACCAGGGGUAUUUAUUCCGACACAAAACGAAGACGACGAACCGCAUGGAACGGACCAACUGUAGUUCGUUACACUGUUGUUUUUUAUCUUGGUGAGACGCUCUCUGAGGACACACGGUGAUGGGAUGGUUGUAAGACCUGCAUGAUGGAAAGUAGAGCGGGUCUGUUUAACAGAUGCAGUUUUUCUUUUUUAAACCGGUAAGUACUGUUACUGCUCGCUGCAAAGCCCCUUUUCACCAACUCCCAUGUUUUUAUAUCACACCACCCGCAGAGAAGAGGACGGAGGGAGUGUUUUUGUCUGUGAUAUAUGAGCACUUUACUGGAAAAGGUACUACCUUUUACACACGGACAUCCUCGCUUUGUUCACGUCGCAGCCGGUAAAUCCCGUUUAUGAAGGACAGGUCGCCCGACCAGCGAGCAAGCCUGGUCUCCGGAGAGAAGGCGCCGACGUGACCUUGUGACCCCGGCAUUGUAGAGAGCUUUGUAUGUAUAUGUGUUGACGUGUAGGAGUAAGUCUCAUUGGUCACAAAUGGAUUUUUAUCAUGUAGUUGCUCUGCAGGACCUUUGUACUCUAUUUUAAUCUGCUUUGGAUCCUCGUGGGGCUGUUUUCUGUUCGAGGCUUAAGAAGUUUAAACGCCUGAUAUGGGUCAUCAUCACCGACCACAAGGUGACUGGGUUUUUGUUUUGAGCUCUAGUUUCACAUUGAAGAGAAGAAUGACACCUUUGUGACCCCCCCCUCCCCCCGGCACUACACUUUCCUUUGCUUUGGCUCUGGUUUUUCUAUAGUUUUUGCACUGCUUUUGCAAUACUUACACAUUCCUUGGUAAUCUCUUUUAAAGACGAAUAACCACCACGCGCCCUGGUCAUGGAAACUGCUGGGACCUCUGUCGUAGAUCUUGAUACCAUCAGAGAUAAUUUGAUCCUGGAUGGGUGAAAUCAUCCUUGUGCAAUAUAAGAAAAUACUAGAGUCUUUUAAUAAAGCAUGUAAUGUA